AUGGUGAGGAAGAAGCGAGGAGGUCAACUCGCCGGAGGAGCUGAAACCUAUGAAUCUCAUGAGGUCGGCGAUCAGGCUUAUCAACACCACCAGAGCCAAGAUCAGCAGCAGUAUGGUGGUCCCCCGGCGGCUGAGAAUGGAAGCAGGGGGAGGGCACAUGGAGGAGGAGGAGGGGGUUACGGCGGCGGUCGUGGCCGUAAUGGAGGAUCUUCUUCCGGUGGAUAUGGCCCGGCCAAAGCAUCAAUUUCUGACCUGCACCAAGCGACCUCUGCUGAUACAUAUGUUGCUGGUGGGGACAACCUUGAGGCUCAAGCUCAGCCUAUUGCUCAGGAAUUGGUGCAGUCUUUUCGGCAGGUUUCGAUUGAGCAACAAGUUGCUCCUCUUCCUGUGCAGGCAAUCCAACAACCCAUUCCCACCUCCAGUAAGUCGGUCAAGUUCCCUCUUCGCCCUGGGAGAGGCACCGUCGGCGCCAAAUGUAUUGUCAAGGCUAAUCACUUUUUCGCCGAGUUACCUGACAAAGACUUGCACCAUUAUGAUGUUACUAUUACACCUGACAUUGCAUCAAGGAGGUUGAAUCGCGCCGUGAUCAAGCGUCUGGUGGAUUUGUACAGGCGAUCUGAGCUUGGAAAUCGGCUCCCUGCUUAUGAUGGACGGAAGAGUUUGUAUACUGCUGGGCCGCUUCCUUUCUCGUCCAAGGAGUUCAAGAUCAUGCUUGCUGAUGAGGAUGAUGGAUCAGGCGGGCAAAGGAAGGAGAAGGAGAGAGAAUUCAAAGUGGUGGUCAAGUUUGCUGCACGUGCUGACCUACACCAUCUAGAACUUUUUUUGAUGGGGAGGCAAGCUGAGGCUCCUCAGGAAGCACUUCAGGUUCUCGACAUUGUUCUGCGUGAACUGCCUACAGCUAGUUACUUUCCUGUAGCACGUUCAUUUUAUUCCCCUGAGUUGGGAAGAAGGCAGUCACUUGGUGAGGGUUUGGAAAGUUGGCGUGGAUUCUAUCAGAGUAUUCGUCCAACGCAGAUGGGGCUGUCUCUAAAUAUUGAUAUGUCAUCAACUGCUUUCAUCGAGCCCCUGCCAAUCAUUGAAUUUGUCAAUCAGCUGCUCGACCGAGACAUUUCAUCUAGACCAUUGUCAGAUGCUGAUCGCGUGAAGAUAAAGAAAGCUCUACGAGGAAUCAAAGUUGAAGUUACACACCGUGGGCACAUGCGCAGGAAAUACCGUAUAACCGGAUUAACGUCGCAGCCAACAAGAGAUCUGACUUUUCCACUUGAUGAGAGAGGUACCAUGAAGCAUGUUGUUGACUACUUUCAUGAAACUUAUGGUUUCACUAUAAAGCAUACUCAGUUGCCGUGUCUGCAAGUGGGAAAUCAGCAAAGAUCAAAUUAUUUGCCCAUGGAGGUCUGUAAAAUUGUUGAAGGGCAGAGGUACUCCAGGAGGUUGAAUGAGAGACAGAUUACUGCUUUGCUGAAGGUGACUUGCCAGCGUCCUCAUGAAAGGGAACGUGAUAUUAUCCAGACAGUUCGCCAAAAUGCUUACCAUGAAGACCCUUAUGCUCAGGAGUUUGGCAUUAAAAUUAGUGAAAAUCUCACUUUGCUUGAAGCUCGUAUCCUUCCCGCACCAAGGCUUAAAUAUCAUGAUACAGGUAGAGAAAAGGAUUGCCUUCCCCGAGUUGGACAGUGGAAUAUGAUGAAUAAGAAAAUGGUCAAUGGUGGCACAGUCAACAAUUGGAUGUGCAUAAACUUUUCCAGGAGUGUGCAAGAUGCUGUUGCCCGUCGGUUCUGUAGUGAACUUGCUCAAAUGUGCAACAUUUCUGGCAUGGCAUUUAAUCCAGAACCAGUACUUCCUCCUAUCACCGCUCAUCCCGGUCAUGUCGAGAGGACACUAAAGUCACGCUAUCAUGAUGCAAUGGCCAAACUCCAGCCCCUUGGCCAGGAGCUUGAGCUACUUAUUGCUAUUUUGCCAGAUAAUAAUGGCUCUCUUUAUGGUGAUUUGAAACGCAUUUGUGAGACGGAUCUCGGCCUUGUUUCCCAAUGCUGUUUAACAAAGCAUGUCUUUAAAACCAAUAAGCAGCAAUAUUUGGCAAAUGUCACGUUGAAGAUCAACGUGAAGGUAGGGGGAAGGAAUACAGUGCUUGUUGAUGCUCUGUCCAGGCGAAUUCCUUUAGUAAGUGAUCGACCUACCAUCAUUUUUGGUGCUGAUGUCACCCAUCCUCAUCCUGGAGAGGAUUCAAGUCCGUCAAUUGCAGCGGUUGUGGCUUCUCAAGAUUGGCCUGAAGUUACAAAGUAUGCUGGUUUAGUUUCUGCUCAAACCCAUCGACAGGAACUCAUCCAAGAUUUGUUCAAAACGUGGCAGGAUCCAGCAAAAGGGACAAUGUCUGGUGGCAUGAUCAAGGAACUGCUCAUAUCUUUCCGUAGAUCAACUGGGCAAAAACCUCAACGGAUCAUAUUCUACAGGGAUGGUGUCAGUGAAGGACAGUUUUAUCAAGUUUUGCUAUUUGAACUUGAUGCCAUUCGUAAAGCAUGUGCCUCAUUGGAGCCCGAUUAUCAGCCUCCGGUGACCUUUGUGGUGGUUCAAAAGCGCCAUCAUACUAGGUUGUUUGCCAACAACCAUAAUGACACGAGAUCAGUUGACAGAAGUGGGAAUAUAUUACCUGGUACAGUUGUAGACUCCAAAAUCUGUCAUCCAACUGAAUUUGACUUCUACUUGUGUAGCCAUGCUGGAAUUCAGGGCACAAGUCGUCCAGCUCAUUACCAUGUGCUAUGGGAUGAGAACAACUUUUCAGCUGAUGGAUUGCAGACCCUCACAAAUAACCUUUGCUACACAUAUGCAAGGUGUACACGUUCUGUUUCUGUUGUCCCCCCUGCAUACUAUGCACAUCUUGCUGCAUUUCGAGCCCGUUUCUACAUGGAACCACAGACCUCAGAAGGCGGUUCAGUGGCAAGUGGUGCUACCACAAACGGACGUGGUGGAGGGUAUACUGGACGUAGGCCACCGAUUGCCGCAAGUUCUGCUGCUGUGAAGCCUUUACCUGCUCUCAAGGAUAAUGUCAAGAAGGUUAUGUUCUACUGUUAGACCGACCUUGUUCUGCAACUAAAUAAACAACUCGCCCCCAUGGAUAUGGUGGGUGUAGUAAACUAGUAACAAAACACAGUACUGUUGGUAAUGUACGUAUAUGUGUGUAUCAGACAUGUAUUUCUAUUACUAUGAGAUUGUGACACUAGUGUCUACCCAAAUCACGUGAAUUUGGGAUAUGACGUUUCCUUUGCUAUGUGUGUCUUUGAAUUGUCACGGUCAUUGUGAUUAUUAUCAUGUGUCUCUAGCCCUCUACCUAUUGCUUUGUCUAAAAUCAUGGUUUUGGCAAACUAAUCUGUGUUCGCCGUUGAGAUUCCGGAGACAUGGGCCGUUAGAUUGUUUGUGACAAAUUUUUUUUAUUUUUUUUAAAUCACAUGGUUUUCUCAGAAGUUUGCUAG